AUGGGGAGCAGCAUCCACGAGACGACGCGAUCGGUCCACUCCGACGCGCCCAGAGUGUCGGGCACGCACGAGUUCACCAUCCGCAACUACAGCCGGACCAAAGGCAUCGGCAUCGGCCAACCCAUCUACUCCGGCAACUUCACCGUCGACGACCACGAGUGGAGUAUAGAAUUCUACCCCGACGGCUGCAGCUUCUUCGACUGGCGCGACCCCGCCUUGUUCGCGCGGCUGGUCCGCAUGCCAGUCAGCCCCUUGCAGGCCGCCGUCAAGUUCCAGCUCAUCGACCCCCGCAACGGCGCCGGCAAAGUCCUCUACGGUGUCAACCUCGCCGUGGCCACGUUCGAUUAUCACGCCUACUGCUGGGGCCUUCGCCGGUUCAUAUCGCGGAAGCGGCUCGAGGGGGCAGACCUCGGCGCCCUCCACGACGACUCCAUCACGGUGCGCUGCACCGUCAGCGUCCUAAAGCCGGAGGCCCGCGUGGCUCUGCUGGGCCGCGUCGAGGUGCCCGUGCCGCCGUCCUGCUUCGCCGAGAACGCCGCCAGGUUCCUCGCCACCGGGAGGGCCCCUUUCGACGUGAAGUUCAACGUCGGCGGCGUCGUCAUGGAGGCGCACCGGCUGGUACUCGCGAGCCAGUCGCCGUGGUUCGACAGCCUGCUCUACGGCCACUGGGGCGACACGUGUUGGGACUGA